AUGAGAUUGUUCCUUCAACCUACCCGGGGGUUGCGCCCGUUCUGCAUGCCCCGUGGCACAUCGAACUCAAUUACGCCCCGAAUUUAUUAUUCAAGCGCAGCUUCAAAUGGCCAUCGUGCUCCCCCACUAGCUGGCAUCACUGUUGUGAGCUUGGAACAAGCCAUUGCUGCCCCAUUUUGCACCCGCCAGUUAGCCGAUCUGGGAGCUCGCGUUAUCAAAGUCGAACGACCAGGCGUUGGCGAUUUUGCUCGUCAAUAUGAUGAUCGUGUCAAUGGGAUGUCUUCACAUUUUGUCUGGACCAACCGAUCAAAGGAGAGCUUGGCACUUGAUCUGAAAAAUAAGGAGGAUCAUGCCGUGUUGAUGAAACUCUUGGAGAAAGCGGAUGUGCUCGUCCAAAACCUGGCCCCAGGCGCAAGUGCACGUUUGGGUUUAUCGCAUGAUGCCUUGAAGGAGAAACACCCUUCUUUGAUUGUCUGUGAUAUUUCCGGAUAUGGUCAGGAUGGUCCGUAUCGUGACAAGAAGGCAUAUGAUCUUCUCAUUCAAAGUGAAGCGGGAAUGUUGUCUGUCACCGGCACCGGAAAAGAGCCUGUAAAGGUGGCUAUCUCCAUUGCAGAUAUUGCCGCCGGCAUGUAUGCAUACACCAACAUUCUUUCUGCUCUCCUUCAGCGUGGAAAAGACGGUCAAGGCUGUCGUAUCGACAUUUCUAUGCUCGAGAGUAUGGUCGAGUGGAUGAACUUUCCAAUGUAUUAUGCAUUCAAUGGAGCCCCUGGCCCCGUACCAUCAGGAGCAUCUCACGCUUCUAUCUAUCCGUAUGGGCCCUUUGAAGCCAGCAAUGGACAGGUCAUGUUAGGAAUACAAAACGAGAGAGAAUGGGUCAAAUUCUGCUCCGACGUCUUGCAACAACCUGAUCUGGCCUCAGACUCUCGAUUUUCCAGCAACACAUUGCGGACCAAAAAUCGCGGUGAAUUGAAAGCGAUCAUCUGCGAUGUUUUUUCUCGGCUGACAGCUGCGGAGACUAUUAAGCGUCUGGAGGCCGCCUCGAUUGCGAAUGCAAACUUGAACGACAUGCAAGGUGUUUGGAAACACGCACAGCUUCAGGCUCGUGAUCGCUGGGUCGAUAUUGAAACUCCGGUCGGUACUGUACCGGCGCUUCUCCCACCGGGCUCCACAAAGUCGGCCAAGCAGGGCGGCUAUGGGGCUCAGAUGGGUUCGGUCCCAAAGGUUGGGGAACAUAACAAGGCAAUCUUGACGGAGUUGGGGUUGGUAGAAUAG